UCCUUUAUUAUGACGUAAUAAAUGAGCGACCGACAGGAGUGUUGUAACGGAGAAGCAUUUGUUUUUAUUUACCUCGGGGUGGUUUUAUGCUUUUGUUUAGAGUGAGGUUAUAUUUGAAUAGGUUUGGCUACUAUAUAUACAUUCAUUUUGGAUUACGUGCUGAAACCCCGAUGUAAAAACUUUAAAUGUUACGCUAUCCCUUCGCAGCUAGCCGAGAUGUUAGCAUGUAGUUCUAUAUAUGGCCAUUAUUACUGCUAUAGAGUUUUCAUGUGACACGAACCGUUUCUGUCAUGUAUUUUACUAACCUAAUUGUUUGAAUCUUUCAUAUACCUAACCGCGUCUUUUAAGUUAUUCCCUUCAAAGGGGCUGUAAGCGACACGGGAAAAGUACUUCCGGACUACAAAUACGGUUCUGACACAUUUCUAGCAAACCGCGUGUGCGCCUAAGCAGAGGACUAUUACAAAGUCAGUCCUUACUUUGUGCUUGUAAAGAUUACAAUGUUCACAAAAGAGUAAGUGCGUGUUUACUGCAUCGCCUCACGUUUAAUAACAAGUAGUAAAUUAUGAACUAAGAUUUCUAAAGACACAAUGCAAAACUUGGCACGUUAUCUCAUCUUUUUUCAGUACAUUGGGACAAAAUACAGAGGUGUUGUAAAAGUCCCUUCAAGUCAGCUGGGUAAGAAAGGGGUUCAGGAUCACUUGGAGGAAGCAAUUCAUAGACUCAGGCCAAACAACGCGGUGUCUCUGUCGGUGUCCAGCAGGACAGAUACGGGCGUCCAUGCCCUUUCCAACUCCGCUCACUUCGAUCUUGUGCGGAAAAACGACAAGCCUCCGUUUACUGAGGAUGUUUUGGUUCAAGCUCUCAAUUUCCACCUAAACGCUGAGGAUAUCAGGGUCACCCAUGCCCACCGUGUCCCUCAGGACUUUCAUGCCCGUUUUAAAGCCCGUUCUCGGACCUAUGUUUACCGAAUAGCUCUGGGCGUCUCCCACCACACUCUGCUUCCCCUCACAGACUGGAAUCUGUGCUGGAGCCUCCGCAACACAGAGCUGGAUAUGGACGCUAUGCGUGAGGCUGCUGCCCUGCUGGUUGGGACUCAUGAUUUUAGCACCUUCAGGGCAGUGAACUCUGAAAUACAUUUUAAAAACCCUGUGAAGACGUUGGAUAUGGUUGCCAUACAGCCAGGAAGCUCCUUUGCACAGUCGCACUUUCACAGAGAGUUACAGUUCUGGGAGCUGACCUUUAGAAGUCGAUCUUUCCUCUAUAAGCAGGUUCGGAGGAUGACCGGGGCCCUGGUGGCUGUAGGCCGGGGACAGCUGUCCGUGUCUCAGGUCAAACAGAUCCUGGACGCUCGGGACACGCUGGCCUACCCUCAGGGUGUGGUUGCUCCAGCUCACGGCCUCUUCCUUAGAAGUGUAGAUUACAAAGAGUCAGAUCUACAGCUCUCCCAGCUGCCUGACUCGCCUGACGAUCCAAUAAAAAUAUCCUGUUAGAAUAAGUAAAUAUUAAAAAUAAACUCUAUGUGGGGGAUUGAAUUGAGUCACUGUUGGUUUUGAAGAUCCACUCUUGCCUUUGGUUUUUGUUAAAUUAUCUUCAUUUCUGAUGUCUUGCUUCAAUGCCCUUAAAUAAAAUCCCCUCUGAUGGUA